ACGAAAAAGUCAGCUGAGAAAAACCUGCUAUUUCCUCAUUGGCAACAUUUAAUUCAAACUGCCCUUGAAGUAUCUUCAGUGGAAGAAAUAAGUAAAUCAAAAUAUAAGAUUAACUGUUUUAAGUAAUGUGGGGCUACACGGAAGGCGAGAGAGUCGGAGGCAUAGUUUCUGGCCCAAGCUUGGGGCUGUGCUGUCUGGUAGAGGAAGGGGAGAGGUGUAACAAACCCAAAGGAAAUGCCAGCUUCAGCAAAAGAAUACAGAAAAGCGUCGCCCAGAAGAAAAUUAAUCUAGCUGUCGACAAAAGUGCUAGGCAUCUGUAUAUUUGUGAUUUUCACAAAAGUCUAAUUCAGAGUUUAAGAAAUAAAAGGCGGAGGAAGGGCAGUGAUGAUGAUGAUGGAGGAGAGUCACCUGACCUUGACACUCAAUCCCCAGAGGUUGACUUGUUCCAGUUACAAGUAAACACACUGAGACGGUACAAGAGACAUUUCAAAUUACAGACGAGGCCCGGACUAAACAAAGCACAACUAGUAGAGGUAAUUGGUUGCCACUUUAGGACAAUACCGGUGGAUGAGAAGGAAACCCUAACAUAUUUCCUGUGCACAGUAAAAAAUGAGAAGAACUUGACCUGAAGGACAAUUGCAUUCAUUGGUUGUACACCACCCUCUCGAUAUAUUGCGGGUGUCGGGGGUCCAAUAUAAAUCCGCUAUAUAUCAAGGGCUGCGAUAAC